UCCUCUCCACCGCUAAACCCUCCUCCCCUAACCAGGCGGAAAACCCUCUCUCUCUCUCUCUCUCUCUCUCUCUCUCUCUGUGAACAAUGCUCUCUCGCCUCAUUUGUAAGACCUCAAACCUUCGUCUCCUAUCCCUAGUAUUGUCAGGAAAACCUCUGUCAAACCCUAAAUCCCACUCCUUUUACUCACAAGACCAUUUAGGGUUCAAUUUCUUCGUCAAAACCCCCAAAUAUUUCUCGACGAAUCACAAUAAUAACGGUAGUAGUAAUAAAGAUCAAACAGCAUCUCAUUUAUGGAAACUGUCUACGGAUAAUGACGAUAACACUGACUCUUUAUUCGGCGAAGGCAGCGAAGGAACUCUAGAAGGAAUCGACGAGGGCAAUGCUAAUGCUAGUCCACCGGUCAAAGCGGAGGAUGAGUCUUGGUCGGGAGAAUCGGGUGUUGGUGGUGGCGAUGAUGAUGGUAUAUUUAAAAGUAUCGAUGGAAAGGGUGAGAUUGGAGGGAGUAAAAUCGGGGGUGGUGGGGAUGAUGGCUGGGUGACGGCGGAAGGAUACAAGGCGUGGAAUUUUGUGGUGGAGGAGAAAGAGGAAGAUGUAUUUGAUAUUGGAACAGAGGGAGGAUCGGAGGAAAUGCAGGGACUUGGUGGCAGCAGUGAGAGAGUGGAGAGUGAGAAGAGUGAAGAGGUGAAGCAACUUGAGAGAGAAGAGAAAGCUCUAACUGCUGUACUCAAAGGUCUGAAUCGUGCAUUUGGUGAUCUCAUUGCUGCAUCUGGAAUCACAGAAUCAAUGUUGGACAGUUUGAUUGCUCUAAAGGACCUGGAAGACAUUCAAGGAUUGCCCCCUCUAAGAGAAAUAGAAGACGCGCGUUAUGAGAAAAAUACAAGAAAAUCCACACGGGCUGAAAUAGAGCGCCGGAAACAGGAGGAGGUUGCCAGAGCAAGAGUGAGACAAGUGGAUGAAAAGGGAAGGGCGUAUGGAACAGGAAGGAGGAAAUGCAGUAUAGCCCGUGUCUGGAUUCAACCUGGUGAAGGGCAAUUUACUGUCAAUGACAAGCAGUUCGAUGUGUAUUUCCCAAUGCUUGAUCACCCGGCUGCUUUGCUUCGACCUUUCUCCGAAACAAAGACUUUGGGUCUGUGGGACGUCAAUUGUACUGUCAAGGGGUGUGUCAGGUCAAGUUGGGGCAAUUCGUUUGGGUAUCAGUAAGGCCUUGCAAAACUGGGAGCCAGAUCUACGUCCUCCUCUCAGAUCAGUUGGUUUCUUGACAAGGGACCCGAGAGUUGUGGAAAGGAAAAAGCCUGGCAAGGCAAAAGCACGAAAGAGUUUCCAGUGGGUCAAGCGUUGAUCUAACAACUGCUAAUUGGAUUUGACGGAACCAGUUUUUGUAUGAGGCAGUGUGACGUCGCUUCUUUGCAAUAAGUUGUUGAUAUCCAAUCAGCUAGGCCGGCAUCUCUUCCUGUAAUGUAGCUUGUAAUCCAUUGUUCAGCAUGAAUUGUGGCAUAACUAAAAGAUUUUGUUGAUCCAGAACAAAAUUAUCAUUAAAUCUCAUUUCGGUGCGUUUUUUUUGUUUUCAGAAAACAAUGGAAAACAUCAGUUUUUCUUUUGAUCGACCAGUUUGAUUAAUAGACGAUGUUGUUUUUUAAUCUGUUAUAGUAACUUGCUUUCUUCAGCAUUCUUAUUAUAUGCUAGUUACAUUUCCGGGACUGUUUGCUAGUGUGGGUUUCCUUCUUUGUUGUUGAGGUUCACUCACAGGCUGGCAGCACUUAAAUAUGGUCAGCAAACAGUUUUUUGAUGAGAAAAUUGAAGGGCCUCAAAGACAAAUGUCAUUGUUCGUAUAUGGGAUUUAGGAUCCUU